AUGACGACAACCUUCAACACCGUUUCGAUGUCGCAGGAACACCAACAAAGAGCGUUGGCCGAGCCGCCAGCGGAGUCGUCGAGCGAUUGGUCAACCGAGUCGUCAACCGAGGCACCAACUGAUUCGUCGGACGACGAGCCAGAAGAGGUCGUCCGGUAUGUCGUACCGCGGAGCUCGAGACUGCCGGUACACGGAAUCCUUCACAUGCUGCGAGGCAUGGUGGAAGGAUACCAUCGGGCUCGUCUCAAUCGGCAGACAGUGGACGGGCUCGGUCCUCCGUAUCUCUCCCUCGACAGUGUCAGCCAUAUGAGGGCGCACAAUAUCGAGAGCUGCUGCAACAAAUCGGUGCCCAUUUACUGCCUGCCGCACGAAUCCAUGUGGGCGCCGCAAUGGUAUCAACAUUUUCGGUACGCGGUGCAGAACUACCUCUAUCGCCGCUGGUUUGUGCCGUAUCGCAGCGAAAUCGACUGGGGUCAAUUUCUCGCCCAAAUUAUCGUGGUUCAUUCGACUCCUGCACCGCUUCCCGCCGAACGACCGGCCAUCGCAGCAACCCGUCUCGCUGUGUCGCUGAGCCGCGACAUCAGCGAGCAUGUGACGACAAUGAUGCGGAAGAUCGGCGAUGGCAUCGCCCGUGUAACGAACUUCACAGAGGCGAACUCGCUGAGGGCUGAGCUUGGGUUUCAGUACUGGGAAAUGCUCCCUGAACCGAAAUUCUUGAGCGUGCAACCGCUCUUUCGCGCCGUGGCCGUCGUGCUCCGACAAACCGACUACAGCACCGCUUUGCCAUCGAUUUCGGAGCUCCCUGCCCUCAUCGUCCGCACAGGAGUCGAGGAAGGUUUGAGCGCGCCGAUCUCUUUCGAAUCCAUUGCAGGCGAGAUCAAGGCAUACCACCGGCUCGAUGACUCGAUUCAUGCCGUCGAAACCAGCUUUUCCACCGCCGUCGGCUUCAUCAUGGAUCUGGAGAAACGCGAGGUGGCCGCUUUUGGGCCAAAGCCCGACCCCGCCAAAACGUGCAAAGAGCUGAGACGCAGCCUUCUCCUGGGCGAACUGGAAGCUUGGCACUGGGCUGGCGUACACGGUUGGGAGGGAGAUGAAGCGCCUGAGGGACCAAGUUCGAGUUGGGUUGACCACAACAUAUACCGGGAGUGGACUGGGGAAGGCGCCAAGUAUGACGAGUUUGCGCAGCGCCAAGAACGACGCCUUUACGAAGCGGCGGCCGCCGCUGAGCGCGGUGAAGGUUUCUUCCUUCGACCUCCGAGGCCAACGCGGAAGGAUCCAAGUGAGGAAGGCUCCAAGUGA